UUGUAUAGUGAAAAUGAAAACUUUGUAUCCUUUGUAAACUAUGUAUUUUCUCAACGUGCCUCUUCGAAAAUCAGAAAAUUCCAUCUCAGAAUGUUGGACCUGCCUAGUAAGGACUUGCAUAUCAGAAAAUGGCUUAGUUUUAUUCUAGAAAACAAAGUGGAACAUGUUGUAUUGCACUCAGUUUUUCGUGACAUGUACACAUUGCCUCAACUGUUCUACACUUGCUCCUCAUUGAUAACGUUUGAUUUGUCUAACUGUGCAUUUGAGAAAGGAGCAGUUAUAUCGUGGAAAUCUCUCAAGACACUGAAGUUUGACACGGUGGUCUUAGACGAUGAAACUAGUGUGAAAUUACUAUCAGGUUGUCCUGCUUUGGAGACUAUGGAGCUGACUUCUUGCUAUAGUUUUCGUCAUUUGGAAAUUAACAAUUCAAAUUUAAAGAGAUUAAAGUUGGAAGGAGUUUUGCCGAUGAAUGAAGGAGGUCCUUUUCAUGCCGCAGCUCGACGAAGUGCUGCUUCCAGAAUUGAAAUGCAAAUGUCUCACGCUAAAGUUGCACAUAACAAAGUAUAAUUUAUUGGGAGUAGCUAGCCUUUUGCAGGCCUCGCCUCACAUGGAGACACUCAACAUAGACAUGGAAUCUGGCAAUCCUUGUUUCUGCUACCGCUAUGAAUCAAGUUGUUUGGGCAAAGGAGAUGAUAAUGAUUUGGAGAGUUGGAUUUCAAACUUUGCAUUUCCCAAUGUCAAGAGUGUUAAGCUUGUCUACUCCACUGGGAUGUGUCAUGAACCCCAUGAUAGGCUUUUCGAACUUUCAGAGUUUCUGCUAAAGAAAGCAAUAGUUUUGGAGAAGUUCGUUAUCAUAGCGAAGAGAAGAAAAUGCCGGAAAUGUUUCCAAAAUUGUGUUUCCCCAUAUUCAUUACAAUUGGCUGCCAAUUUGUUAGGUUGCCCAAGGCCCUCCACCAAUUUUAUGAUGAUUUUCCAUGAGUCAGAUUCAAAAUGAGUAGAAUGCAAGUGGCUAUUUUCGCGGCUCACCAGAAAUGGCGCUUUAUAAUUUAUCCUUUGAUUUACUACCAAUGAAACUAUGGAUUUUUAACUUGUCUAUUUUUGUGAUCUUACCCUUAUGGCAUGCCAGGUGUUAUAUAUGCUUGGUGUCUCAUGAAGCGUCUGUUUGUUGCAUCUAGACGUUGUGUGAAACUUUCUUGCAUCUUUUGGUGAACCUGUCAAGAUGUGCAGAUCCAAAAAACCAUCUUUCUGAUAAUUAGGCUCAUGAAAUGUUGUGUUUUC